GUAGGUAUAUUCUUGAGAUUCACAUCUCAACGGAGAGCUCUCGACUCUCUCAUCUCACAAGCCAGCUCAUAUAGGUGUUGUUUCCGACCACUCUACCUAGGCAGUAAUUCCCUGCCAAGCAGGUAUCUUCUAGUGGAUAUAAGAAUCGAUGAUUAUGAUGCAAGUAACCUGAAAACAGAGGUAGCCACCUACAAUGAAUUCAACAUGUUUCUAUCCCAACGCGUCAUUGCCUAGCUGGUAGAGGUGUUCAUAACGAGAUCCCGGACUAUGUGACAAAAUGCAACAUCACAUGAUGACCAGCUGUGUAACAUUAGAGGUUGGGCAGAUGUAUCGAGCUCCAACAGAGCCUUACCCAUGGAGCCUAAUAUCUAUAUCAGUUCAGCAUCUCAGCCAUCGCGAUGGAUCAGUAUCGUUGUCCACCUGAGGAGCUGCCCCGGUAUCUUUACCGGGUGCGGUAUCCAGAAAGUCAAACCCGUCAUACUGCUGAGGGACUAACGGCCGCAGACACGACUACAGUCUACGGCGACAACGAACACCAACGAGGUCUCUUCAGACAAGCCGUGGAGAAGCAUUUCACGUCGAGUGAUCGAGAUUCUUCUCUGUUCAUCUCGCUCUUUUCGGACCGGGACCAUGCCGAGAACUGGGCAUACAUGGAGCUCUGGCAUAGUCGGUGGUCGGAAAACUGGACUUUAUGCACGAUAGAUACAUCUUUACUCAAUGAGGUUUACGUCUUCAAAGUCAGUACUCUUGUGGAUGAACUGCGCGUGGAGAUCCCCCCCCAAGCAGAACAGCACAAGAAAGGGGCGUAUAUCUGUUUGCACAGAGUACCACAGCAUGCAAUUUUGAAGGAAGAGCCUGUACAAGAGGUCAAACGUCGUUCCCUGGCAUUGGAUUAUCAUGACGAUAACCAUAACGAUGACGACCACUGGGACCCUUACUACGGGUAUGAUAGUGACGAUUCGGCAGUGGUGAACAAUAUUAAUGAUAAUUUGAUGAGAGCGCUUGAGUAGUCAUAUUCUCACUUGGAGAUCUGAAUACCUUCGUACUCAUGCUCUCUGUACGCUUCGGUGUAGUAUGGACUACAUAGGUAGUUUUUGGCAGUCAGAACAUAUCAU